CUUCAAUCGAGGCCAACUAUCAACAUACGCCCUUGAGAUAUGGAGGGACUGGCUGAGCAGCUCGAACAGCUGCGUGUCAGCGCUGACAACGUGUCUGACCUAAAUUGGGUAGAUUCGCUUGCAAACGAGCAGCGUCCACCAAAGCGCCAACGCAAGAGCAAAAAUGACAUCAAGAAAGAGUUGGAAGCCGAAUUCCUGACACCUACGCGAUCGUUCAACACACGAUGGUUGAAUCGGUUGCAGCAGCGGUGGGAUGCGCCGACCAACUAUCGCGGCCUGUUCGAGGUUGCGCCCACUCAAACACGCACCAUUAUACGCUUCACACGUGAAGGACUUGAAGGCCGUGUCACGGGUUAUAAAGAAGUCACUGUGCCUGCUAAUUCUGCUACUGCAAAAAAUUCCACGUCGCUGCUGAGGAAGCCCGCAAAUAGAGCUGAGUUUGUGCGCGGCGCGGCCGGCUUUUUCCCAUUUGCACCGGGCGGUCUAGACGGCGUGGAAGCAAUUGCGGCUAUUGAAGACGAAGCUAUCUCCCGCCAGGAAGCCGCAAAUGGAAAGAAAGCGAACGCCUUAGACCGGGUUAUCAAUUUCAGCGCCGAAGGUGGGCUUUUAGAGAUCCCUCCAGGCUUCACACGGGGAUUGGAUUUUCAAAAGAAGCCUGCUUCAGAUUCUAAGACUGCCAAAGAAGUAGAGGAUACGCUGAGUGAGGAGCCAACCCAGUCGCCAGCCGACGCUGCCGACGACGAUGAAAUCGAGGACGGCCUCAAGGCGUCCAACGGCACUGCUACAGGGGAUGAUGAAGCGCAAACGCCUGGCGAGGAGGAAAUUGAUGCUCUUCUUCCCGUCGAAUUCCCGGCAUUAGCUCCACAUGGUCCUUUGGGAAUGACUUCAGCGAAGAAGGGCGGCAAAGAAUGGGCUCAUAUGGUUGAUGUCAACCGCGAAAUCACCAACUUCCACGAGCUGGUGCCUGAGAUGGCCCGUGAGUAUCCUUUCGAACUGGAUACCUUCCAAAAAGAGGCUGUCUAUCAUCUGGAGCACGGCGAUUCGGUAUUUGUUGCGGCUCAUACCUCUGCUGGAAAGACUGUGGUUGCCGAGUAUGCAAUAGCUCUGGCUGCGAAACACAUGACCAAGGCUAUCUACACAUCCCCGAUCAAAGCUCUCAGUAACCAAAAGUUUCGCGACUUCCGGCUGACAUUUGAUGAUGUUGGUAUCUUGACUGGCGAUGUGCAGAUUCGACCCGAAGCCAGCUGCUUGAUCAUGACUACCGAGAUUCUACGAAGCAUGUUGUACCGGGGCGCAGAUCUCAUCCGAGAUGUUGAAUUCGUUAUUUUCGACGAAGUGCACUACGUUAAUGACCUGGAGCGAGGUGUCGUGUGGGAGGAGGUGAUCAUAAUGUUACCGGAACACGUUACCCUCAUUCUCCUUUCCGCUACCGUUCCGAACACUCACGAGUUUGCCUCUUGGGUAGGAAGAACGAAGAAGAAGAACAUAUACGUUAUCUCCACGCCUAAGCGUCCUAUCCCUCUCGAGCACUAUCUAUGGGCUGGUAAGGGCAUCCAUAAGAUCGUAACGGCGGAUAAAAAGUUUGUGGAAAGUGGGUGGAAGGACGCAAACGAUAUUUUCUCUGGUAGAGAUAAAGUCAAAGCACCGCCCACUAACGAGGUUCAAGGUGGACGAGGAGGCGGUGGUAGAGGCGAUCGAGGCAGGGGCGGCCAAAACCAACGUGGCAGAGGCCAACAACAGGGGCAGCGUGGGGGUGGUAGAGGAGGCGGCCCACCAGCUCAGCGAAGCCGUGGCAACAUUGCUCGUACCGGAAGAGGCGGUGGUAGAACAACAGCCGCGCAAGACCGCAAUAUCUGGGUUCACUUAAUCUCGUUCUUGCGCAACAAAGACCUCCUCCCGGCCUGUAUAUUCGUGUUUUCAAAAAAGAGAUGCGAAGAGAAUGCCGAUGCUCUUUCAAACAUCGACUAUUGCACGGCCGCUGAGAAGAGUGCUAUCCACAUGACUGUUGAAAAGUCGCUCGCCCGACUUAGUCCGGAGGAUCGAGCGCUUCCUCAAAUUACACGCCUACGGGAGCUAUUGAGUCGAGGAAUUGCAGUACAUCACGGAGGCAUGCUACCUAUCGUCAAGGAAGUGGUCGAGAUAUUGUUCGCGAAGACACUCGUCAAAGUUCUCUUCGCUACGGAGACAUUCGCCAUGGGCCUCAACCUGCCUACAAGGACGGUCGUGUUCUCUGGAUUCCGCAAACACGACGGCCGACAGUUCCGAGACCUCUUGCCGGGAGAAUACACUCAGAUGGCGGGCCGCGCCGGUAGGAGAGGUCUUGACACCGUGGGUACUGUCAUAAUAUGUGCCCCAGGGGUAGACGAAGCACCACCCGUUGCACGUCUUAGGCAAAUGAUGCUAGGAGAGCCUACCAAGCUUAGGUCUCAAUUCCGCCUUACCUACAACAUGAUGCUCAAUCUUCUCCGCGUAGAAGCCCUCAAGAUCGAAGAGAUGAUCAAGCGAAGUUUCAGCGAAAAUGCCACCCAGGCCCUGUUACCGGAACAUGAGAAGAAAGUUAAGAUUUCUGAGGCCGAUCUUGAAAAGCUAAAGCGCGAGCCUUGCAAGACCUGUGAUGUCGACCUGGAGGCCUGUCACCAAGCUUGCAUGGACUAUCAGCGCCUGACGAAUGAGCUUCAUCUCUCGUUGCUGAAUUAUCCUGCCGGGAGAGCGGUGUAUGUGCAGAACCGUUUGAUCGUUUAUAAGAAGAAUGACAUUCGAACGGUUGGCAUGCUGCUCCGAGGUGUGGUGAACAGCAGAGGCGAAGAGCCUACCGUGCAGGUGCUGGAGAUCGCGGCGAACGAACAACGCAAAGCCGACGACUUACUCCCGUAUCUGGCACCACUAGCCAGAUUCUUCCGACCUCUACCAAAGGCCAAGAAGGACCUCAUAAUGAAGCGUGCCCUCAUCCCGCUAAGCGAUAUAGAAUGCUUUACAGCUACCGUCAUCGAUAUUCCAGAAGGCGUUGAGAAUCUUUUCAGGAAGAAGGAUGCUCUCAAACUUGCACAAGAUCAGUUCAUCCCUCUUUGCCAGUCCUGGAACUACCAAGAUUGGGACGAGUUCGACUACGAGAAGAUCAAGAAGCUCGAAUUCAGGGAAAUUGACAUGGCCCGGCGAAAGGCAGGCAGAGAAGCCACGGGCAAAACUUGUCUCGGAUGCCCCAACUUCCUCAAGCACUACGCGAUGGAGCACGACGAGUGGCUUAUCAAAGAAAACAUUGUGCAGCUUCGCCAGCUCAUGUCUGACCAAAACCUCCAGCUCUUGCCCGACUAUGAGCAGCGAAUUUCGGUGCUCAAGGACCUAGGCUUCAUUGACGAGGAUUCCCGGGUCGAACUCAAAGGCAAGGUAGCCUGCGAGAUCCACUCUGCCGAUGAGCUUGUCCUCACUGAGCUGAUCCUCGAGAACGUCCUCGCCGAAUAUGAGCCGGAAGAGAUCGUCGCGCUCCUCUCUGCCUUCGUCUUCCAAGAGAAAACCGACGUGGAGCCCACACUAACCGCCAGCCUGGAACGCGGCGUGGCCAAGAUCGUCGAGAUCUCGGAGAAGGUCAACCAACUGCAGACGCUGCACCAGGUCAUCCUCUCGGCAGACGACAGCAACGACUUCGUUAGCAAGCCGCGCUUCGGCAUGGUCGAGGUCGUGUACGAGUGGGCGCGCGGCAUGUCGUUCAACCGCAUUACGGACCUGACGGAUGUCAUGGAGGGCACGAUCGUGCGUGUCAUCACGCGACUGGACGAAACUUGCCGUGAAGUCAAAAACGCCGCAAGAAUCAUCGGGGAUCCCACGCUGUUCCAGAAGAUGGGAACAUGCCAGGAGUUGAUCAAACGGGAUAUCUGUAACUGCGCGAGCUUGUACCUAUAGGGUGUUUCGCAACGACAUAGCGAGCGAGCGUUUCGAGAUAUAAAUACCGCGAGCGUCAACUCGAGUUGGCGAGACGCAUGACGGAGUGUCGCUAUUAUGAGCAUAUAAGGCUGCAGGACGAGGCUGUCACGGGGAAUGUCGCAGGCAACGCAUGGUAUGGUUGCGCACCGCUGAAUGGGCAGAUGCGGCAUGGGUGUUGCACGAAUCGAAUUGGGGCCGCAGUCGGAGUCUCCCAGCUCAAGUGCGCCAGGUACCUCGAAUGUAAUCGAAAGCGUCUCAAUUGCAGGACAUGUCUAGGUCCCGAUCCCAAGCGGACACAUGACGACGACAACAUUGGGCGGCUAAGGAGGCGAUAAAGUUGCAUUUGUGGUUCAUGUUUUGCGUUCUUCCAGCUUGUUAUGCCACUGCUCAAUCAACGUUCUUCCAACUUGUGGCUAGUCGGAAAAG